AUGGAGUUUUAUGAGAUAGAAGAAUUCAAUGCAACUGAUUUUCUAGAACGGAGCCGGAACGGCAGGAUAGUUUUCGCCGGCGACUCCAUCGGGCGAAACCAAUGGGAGUCUCUAAUAUGCAUGCUUGCACAAGGAGUUUCAACCCAGUCCACUAUAUAUGAAGACAAUGGGAACCCCAUAAGUAAACACAAAGGCUAUCUCUCUAUCCGAUUCGCAGAGUACAACCUCACAGUUGAAUACUACAGGGUGCCUUUCCUGGUGGUUACCGGUCGGCCGCCACCAAAAGCAUCCAAGGAAGUUCGGACCACCCUCAGGGUUGACACACUGCACUGGUAUUCAAACAAAUGGGUUAAAGCAGAUGUGCUCAUGUUCAGUGCUGGACAUUGGUGGAACCAGGAUAAGACUGUAAAGAUGGGGUGCUUUUUCCAGGUGGGAGAAACUGUGAACAUGACAAUGGAUGUGAUGGAAGCAUUUCAGAGGUCAUUACAGACUUGGAAGUCAUGGGUAAUUCAGAGUUUAGAUCCACAGAGAAGUCAUAUCUUCUUCCGCAGCUACUCACCGGUGCAUUACAGGGACGGAACAUGGAAUGAAGGUGGUCACUGUGACACUAAUGUGGCGCCAGAAACGAACAACACAAAACUGGAACCUGAUCCAGUCAACAAUCUGUUUAUUUCUGAUGUAAUCAAACAGAUGGAAAGUGCAAAAAGAAAGAUUCAGUUCUUAAACAUUACAUAUCUUGCAGAAUUUAGGAAAGAUGGUCACCCUUCAAGCCACCGAGAGGUGGGCACUCCAAUCCCAGCCCCACAAGACUGCAGCCAUUGGUGCCUACCUGGAGUCCCAGACACAUGGAAUGAACUUCUUUAUGCCCAACUACUGUCAAAUGGAUUCAGAACAAAAAUUGAGGGUACCUAGCAAUAAAAACUCUUCUCCGAAACAAAGGGCUGGAGUUUUCAGCAAUGCUUUUACACAGACUAUUCCUCAGCAUUUUGGUUGGAGUUCACCCUACUGGUUUCCAAUUUCCUCAACCUCCUCCAGCUACCUCAAGAGAUAUAACCUUUCUGGUCCAUAGGGUAUCUGCAACAAACACCACCUCAGUACUGCUGGUUGAGCUUUUGAAAGAACUGACACAAGAAAACUCCAGGUCAGGAAAUACACAUUGGAGCUGGUACAUAUCUCUCUCCAUUACAACCACAUUGCUACAUGCCCACAGCAG